CAUGCUUCUCCAGGAGACCGUUCUUUGCGCGACUUCACCCUCAACCUCAGCUGCAGGGCCCGGGCUGAUUACCGUACACGACAUCCAGACCGGCGCUGCACUUGCCUCUUUCAAGCAGGCCAACGCGGGUCCUCGUUCCGUCGCGGUCUUCGAGUCAAGCAAUAACCAGGGUGGCAUCGUGCUUGCCUCGCAGUCGGACAAGUCCAUUCUCAACGUGUACAGCUUCCAAAAGGACCAAAUCAGCCUGAAAAUUGUCCUCCCUGAGAAGUUGACAUGUAUUGCCCUCGAUCAUCGCGGUGAUUUUUGUGCAGGCGGGACGGCCGCUGGUCGGAUUUAUCUCUGGGAGACUGCAUCAGGCAUACUCUACAACUCGUGGGAUGCACACUAUCGUCAAGUAAACGUGCUACGCUUCACCAAUGACGGUGCUGCACUAGUGUCUGGGAGUGACGAUUCUGGUGUGAGCGUCUGGUCCUUAUCUAGAUUAUUGGACGAUGCCCAGGAUGAACAUCUGACGCCCUAUUGGACGCUUUCUGACCACACUCUGUCUAUUACCGACAUCGCCUGUGGAGUUGGAAAUUUCCCAGAAUGUCGCAUAUUGACGUCGUCUGUAGACCAUUCAGUUAAGCUUUGGGAUUUAUUGUCAAGAUCGCUCCUUACAACCUUUCAAUUUCCUCAAUCCAUCUCUCAUCUGGCCUGGGAUGUAACGGAGAGGCUCUUCUUCGCAGCAUCAGCCGACGGGUCAAUUCACCAAAUGAACCUCUUCCGCGAAAGGGCUUCAAAAUUAGGUGCAGUCAUAACGGAAGCAGUCGGAGGAGGAGGCGUUACCGACAUUAUCCGUGUUGAGGACGAUGCAAGCCGAGAAGCACGUAAAAGGAGGCGGAUUUCUGUUGGACAGCCGAUAACAAGCAUAUGCAUUUCAUUGACAUCUGCAAUCCUUCUUGUCGGUACUUCGGAAGGAUUGGUCCAUCUGUAUGAUAUCCCUUCACACCAGCAACUUCGCACGAUAUCGAUACACAAAGGGAUGCCGAUCGCUCAUUUGGAGACAAUGAUCAAGCCUCCAGACUUGAUAGGGCAUAUCAACCUUGAUUUUAAAGUAGGAUCCGACCCAAAAGACGUUAUUCCGCCCAAGCCGGUCGUCCCGUUCCAAAGAACUCGAGAUAUCAAAGCGCGAGACGUUCAUGAAAUUACUGUCAUGCUUCCCUCGCAGCAUACGGCGUACAAAGACGAAGCCUCGGAUUACACUUCAGAAGAACUGCUGCGCGAUCACGCCUUCUUCGUGCAGCCUUCUGCUACAGGAGAUAGUGGAGAUGCCGACCCGGCGUCGCUGAAGUCCAAAGUUUCAGAACUCGAGCUGGAGGUUGAGAGCCUGCGCGAGCAACUGAGUAAAGCAAAGGGUGUAAAUGAUGCAAUGUGGGACAUUAUGGUGCAGCGAUUGGUUGCACAGGUCAAAGAUACGGGGCUGUCAACGAUGAAUAGCACCGAAGACUCCGAGGAUGACCAGCGAAGACGAAAAAGGGGACGAGCCACUUA